AAAUCAGCUGCAUUAUUUCGGGCAGACACCACCACAAGGAGUUAGGAAUCCUGCCUGGUGAAGUACGCAGCGCUCUCAGAAAGGGAUGUUGGGAAGCUUGUUUAUCCCAGCACCUGAAGCGAUCAGAGACAGCGAAGGCUCUCGCUCGCCCUCGUUUCCCGGCAAAGCCUCAAAUCGCCGCCGCCUGGGACCUCAGCUCUUCUGUUCUGCAGAAAUCCCAGAAGUAAACCCCGCCUCCCUGACAUCAUGCGAGCAGCAGACUCAGCAACCUGGGAAAGGGUCAAAUUCCUUGCAGCCCAGGUAAAACCCUGCACUUCCUGCUGGGCUGGGGAGGAGCCUGGACUGGAGAGGCAAAGAGGAGAGAGGGGAGCGAGUGUGUGUGGGUGUGUGACAGAACACACUCUCCAGCGACUCGGAGCCCAGCCAACAUCUUCCAACAUGAAAUCGGACAGCGAGGAAAGUAAGCCGGUGCUGUUACGAGAAGAAGUGUCUCAGCUGCAAGAGGAAGUUCACCUGCUCCGGCAAAUGAAGGAAAUGUUAACGAAAGACCUGGAAGAGUCGCAUGGCAGCAAAUCCACUGAAGUCCUAUCUGCCACUGAGCUCAAAGUCCAGCUGGCCCAGAAGGAGCAGGAGUUAGCCCGAGCCAAAGAAGCGCUGCAAGCCAUGAAGGCCGAUCGUAAGCGUUUAAAGGUGGAGAAGACGGACCUGAUGAGCCAGAUGCAGCAGCUUUAUGCCACCUUAGAGAGCCGAGAGGAGCAGCUUCGCGACUUCAUCCGGAACUAUGAACAGCAUAGAAAAGAGAGUGAAGAUGCGGUCAAAGCAUUGGCAAAGGAGAAGGACAUGCUGGAACGGGAGAAGUGGGAGCUCCGGCGGCAAGCCAAAGAAGCCACCGACCACGCCACGUCGCUCCGCUCCCAGCUGGACCUGAAGGACAACAGGAUGAAGGAGCUUGAGGCUGAGCUAGCCAUGGCAAAGCAGUCCCUAGCCACCCUGACCAAGGACGUGCCCAAGCGGCAUUCGCUGGCCAUGCCAGGUGAAACGGUUCUCAAUGGGAACCAGGAGUGGGUGAUGCAGGCGGACCUGCCCCUCACCGCCGCCAUCCGGCAGAGCCAGCAGACGCUGUACCACUCCCACCCCCCACACUCCGCAGACCGGCAAGCUGUCAGGGUGAGCCCGUGCCAUUCCCGUCAGCCUUCCAUCAUCUCCGACGCAUCGGCCGCAGAAGGGGACAGGUCAUCCACCCCUAGCGACAUCAACUCUCCUCGACACCGCACGCACUCUCUUUGCAAUGGGGAUAGUCCAGGACCAGUUCAGAAGAACCUGCACAACCCAAUUGUACAGUCUCUAGAGGAUCUCGAAGACCAAAAAAGGAAAAAGAAGAAAGAGAAGAUGGGAUUUGGCUCCAUCUCCAGGGUCUUUGCCAGAGGGAAGCAGCGGAAAUCCCUAGAUCCAGGCCUCUUUGAUGACUCCGACAGCCUGUCCAGCCCAACCCGCCAGAGCCUCAGCCUGUCCGAAGGGGAGGAGCAGAUGGACCGGCUCCAACAGGUGGAACUCGUCCGCACCACACCCAUGUCCCACUGGAAGGCCGGGACAGUCCAGACGUGGCUGGAAGUCGUCAUGGCGAUGCCCAUGUAUGUCAAAGCCUGUGCAGAGAACGUGAAGAGCGGGAAGGUCCUGCUGAGUCUAAGCGACGAGGACCUGGAGACCGGGCUCGGUGUCUGCAGCUCCCUGCAUCGUCGGAAACUCCGGCUGGCGAUCGAGGACUACCGGGAUGCUGAGACAGGCAAAUGCUUAUCUAAGGCCUCUGAGCUGGACCACCACUGGGUGGCCAAAGCCUGGCUCAGUGACAUUGGGCUGCCCCAAUACUCCCAGGCCUUCCACAACCACCUCAUCGACGGGCGGAUGCUCAACUCGCUGAUGAAGCGGGACCUGGAGAAGCAUCUGAAUGUGUCCAAGAAGUUCCACCAGGUCAGCAUCCUGCUUGGGAUCGAGCUCCUGUACCAGGUGAACUUCAGCAAGGAGGUUUUGCAAGAAAGGCGUGCCCGGUGUGAGAGCCAGAACGUCGACCCCGUUGUCUGGACGAACCAGCGGGUGCUCAAGUGGGUGAGGGAGAUUGACCUGAAGGAGUACGCGGAUAAUCUUACAAACAGUGGCGUCCAUGGGGCGGUGCUGGUGCUGGAGCCCACGUUCAACGCCGAGGCCAUGGCGACGGCCCUGGGGAUCCCCAGCGGCAAGCACAUCCUCAGAAGGCACCUGGCGGAGGAGAUGAGCACCAUCAUCCACCCAGCCAAUCCUGCAGGCAUCCGGGAGGCAGAGAGAUUUGGAACCCCUCUUGGGAGAGCUUCCAGCAUCACACGGCAAAGCAAGGAGGAGAAUAACAGCAGCUUAAAAUAUAAAGCUGGUCGGCUUCCACUGGGAAAGAUCGGAAGGGGGUUCAGUGGGAAAGACCUCGACUUCCACGAUGACUAUGGCUCUCUGCGAAAUGAAGACUGCUAUGAUGAUGACCCUCAGAGCCGCCCAGAUCAGUGCCGUUUGGAAAACUACAGUGGGCUGGAAAUCUCAAAUGUUUAAUGGAUCAGAUAGCACAAAGACCCACUGCACUGAAAGCAGUGGGCCAAGGGAAAAUCUGAAAGGGGGAAGAUUCACAAAGAGACCACGUUUGGCUGGUAGAGGCUGAUUAAAAUGGAACAAUGACAUUUAUAUGCUCAGAAUCAGGGGCCAGAGUUGCCAAUCUAGAGCAACAAUCACUGGGCUGAAGGAACUUCAGAAUCUUAGCCCCAUUGAAUACCUAUGGGUUGAGAGAGACUUGAAUUUUCCCCCAAACCACCUGUAGUCACGGACUUCUGGGCUACUGCAAGAAAUCUAAAAGCAAAUAGAUCAAGCCUGAUUGAAGCUCAGUGGUCCAAAGGAGAGAAAAGUCCUGGAAUAAUGUCGAUAACCGUUCAUUGUACUACUCUCUCCCUGUCAGCCUUGAUUCUGCACUGUGACUGGCUCUUUGGGCCCUUCCGAAACUGGGGGUGCUGACUCCCCAAGAAAUGCAAAGCCAAGGGCCGAACCCAGCUCGACCUUGGUUCUGUGGGUUUUCUGUUGACAGGAAUGAGUUUGAACCCAGGUAUCCCAGGAAAAUUUCAUGUUGGUCCAAUGCAUUUCUCCUCCAGGACAACUGGAUCACUGCUCUUAUUUUCUGGCCUAAGUCCCUUGGGUAAAACUGGGCUGUGGCUACUUUGCCUGCCACCCCAGAAACGGCUGUAUUUUAAGGAGAGAGUGACUGGAAUGAGUGAUCCUUUCACACACAUCAUCUGAAUGUGCUUUGGGACCUUUCAUCUGAUUGAAGGGAGGCGAUGAAACACAACAGCAACAUCCAAGAACAACUGAGUCUUCUUCUAGACACCAGAAGCAUGGGAAACUACAUUUAGCCACAAGAAAUCUUCCUUAACCCAUUUAAGAGAUCCAGCAGCUUGGAGGUGGAUGAAAAAUACCGCUUAACGUUAAACUAAUACAUUUAUUUUUGAUUGCGCCAUCACAUGUAACUUUGUCUGCUCACUGAAGACUUAACUCAGGCAUAUGCCUAAAGCGGGAGGUUUGGUAAGGUUUGUUGGAUAGAGGCUGGAUUGGUCACCUAAGGACUUGUUCCUGUUCCUGUUCCUGGCUGAAUCGCUGUGUGACCUCUGUCUAGUGAUUUCACCUCUCUGUGCCUCACCAUCUUCAUCUGUAAAAAAGGGGAAAAUUCUACCUACCUACCUCCCAGGAACAGUGUGAAGAUUAAUAUGCUAACAUCAGUAAUGUGCUUUAUAACUCCUCCGAAGAAUGGUGCUAUUGUACCAGGAUCGCUCUUCUUCCCAGGUCAAACUGUGGAGUACGUGACAGACACGGCCCCGGCUGAAACUCAACUGUCUCUCCUCAACUCAUUAAUGUCGGCAACAGCACGGAUAGUGAUUGAGAAUGAAAAGAUACGGAAUUGGGAAACAAAUUCAAACUUGAAAUUUCAGCCUUGGUCAACUGAAUGACUGUCAACAAUUGGCCCUUAAAUGUUAAAUCCCAAUCGGUUUCCUCUUUGUUCAGCCAUAAGCACUUUAAAUGACAGUUUUUUUGAUGUUUUUCUGAAUCCCAAAUCCCACAGCCAGGUUUGAAGCUGGAUGACAUCCACAUUUUUCAGUGUGUGUCUCCAGAAAGCCAGCUUGUGCAGGACACGGGAUUCUGUGUUAAAUUCUGCCCUGUAGGUGGGGAGAACAGCCGGUGGAUAAGACUUAAGGUUGGGCCUCUACUGUUGUACAUUAGAGUUUGUGCAGGGGGUGAGAAAGUUAAAAAACAACAACACUUUCAGUGCUCAUUUUCAAAAUGGUCCCUCUUCCCGCUAAGAGCCCCAGUCUGCAUUUGUGCAGCGCAUUUCCUUACAUACGAAUAGAGUUCAUUAAACAAUGGAUGCUCAUUGUAACAUACUAAUGUGGGCUCUGUGAGCAAUAGACAUCACUGCUGUCCGUAAUCAUUCCCUAACAGGACAUUUAAGGAGAGAAAAGUUAGCAAAGCUAUUGAAGUGUUUUCAUCCACUGCGACAUUCUACCCGCUUUAUACUGUCUCUGACCAGCAGUAGAAUCACCACUCUGAACUACUGGGGAUUCUGGAGAGAAAAACUUAAUUACACAUUGGAGAUUUCAUCCCUUUCAUUUUCAUGGCAAGGGGAGCAGACUGCCUGGCUGGGUAUGAUACUGCAGGGGUUUUAUGUAAAUGAAUUUAAGACGAUGCAGUUUUCCCGCAAAGAUGGUCACCUAGAAAUUCUUGCCUGUGAAAACAGUGAUCUUGACUAAAACUAUUAACAAUUAACCAGGCUCCCCCAUCCCCACCUUUGGAGAAAUGGUCACAAAUUUCCAUCCUAGAUCCUGCCACCAGCUAGAACAGCAGAGCACCAGAGAAGAGUCCUGCUUUUGACUACAGUCUCCACAGUCAGAUAGAAAUUAUUGCCUUUUAAAAUAGAGAUGGUGGCUAAAAUUACUUACAAUUAAUCAGGUCCUCUGUCCCCACCUUUGACGAAGCAGUCACAAAUUUCCAUCCUAGAUCCUGCCACCAGCCAGAACCCCCAAGGACCAGGCAAAAGUCAUGCUUUUGACCAUAGUCUCCACCAUAGAGGUCAGAGAACAGCAGGAAGAUAGGGGAUAAAACAGUGGGCACCCACAAUCAGCUCUUCAGAGAAAAGUUGUUUGGGGGCUCCACACCUGUCAGUUGCAAGAGGAAUUUGGGGAGUCAACUGGGGCAAGGCUGCUCUUGCCUACUUUAUUUCCUCCUGCUGUUGCUUAGCUGGGUGGGUAUUGUGGAUCUGUAUGUAUAGAAAGUGAUUGCAUGUUUAUGAGCCUCUGGAUGGGUGCCUGUGUUUAUGCACCUUUGGAUGGAUGCCUGUGUGGGUCUACUUUUGUGAGUGCAAAUGUGUCCUUCUGGGUGACCGGGUGUCUGCUUUGUGAGGGUGUGUACCUGCCACCCUGCCCGAGUGGGUUUGUCAUUCUUGUCUAGGUGUCUGGCCCAGUCUUUCUGCUUCUGCUUUAUCCCAUUCUCUCACAAUUUCUGUCUCUCUUCGUUGCCUUUCUCUCCCUCCAACACGCUUGAAUCACUGACUCAUCCUCUUGGAGUCCCGUCUCUGACCCUUCACCCCGACCCAGGAGCAGCAGAGCUUCAGAAAAACUGACACUUUGUAUAGACACUGGAUAUUUUUAGGGCAACAAAUUCUUAGCUGCUCACUACAGUUAAUCCAGGUCAAAAUGGUUUAUCAUAGCCUGAAAACCAAACCAAACCAUUAAUGGUAUGCUUCUUUGGGGGCAACCCAGGAUUGGGUGGGGCUCUGGGAGGACUGACUGGUUGGGAGUUCCCCAGACAGCUGAGGUUCUUUGGGUUUGUGCUAGGCUAGACUAUGCAACUGCCUCCAGGACUGGAAGAGGAAGAUGAGCUAAGGAGACCCUCGGAUGGAGCUGGACCUUCUGCCCAAAGGGAGGUUGCUUACAAACCAUUUGAAACAAUUGUUGCUUCUUUUUCCUGCAGAGAUGAUAGGCCUAUUUUAACCAAGGCCUCCAUUUCAUUCAAUCAGUUUCACUGCCUUUCCUAAAGGGGCACUUUAAAAAAGCAGAGUUUCAUUUUUUAUUUGUUUUUCCAGACCCAACUCUUUUGUCGUGGAAGGUAUCAGUAGAUACUAGGGAACCAAAAAAGGGUUUCCAACGGAACCUUUAGUUUGAUUUCUUUUACAAGGAAAGGGAGGUUAAGAAUCCUUCUCAGCGGGAUGUGGGAGGAGCCUUAUUCUUUGUAGAUCACAAUUUUAAAGCAGAAUCAGCCCAAAUGUAACACAGAGCGGUAAAUUCUAAUCCUUCCUGGAGAAACCUGGAUACUAACUUUGCAAUAGGAGGCAAAUGAAAGCAACUGAGAAAGGGUAAGAAAUACUGUGCAAAACUGUUUGACAAAGGCAGUGCAAUACAACCUCGUAUAUCCAAAUCGAUUAGGGCCAGGCACAAUUCAGAUACAGUCAUUUCUGCUAGUAUGUGGUAGUCAUUGUUCUUGAAGAACCUUGUGUAAUUGAGAUAAUUGUGUAUUAGUAAUCAUGGAAUCAAUGGGAAUUGAUGGUUUAGGUGGUAGAUAUUUUGAAGAUAUCAUCAUGAAUGACAUCCUUCAAUACAAAUUCCUUUACUAUCAUUUCGAUUAGUAGCAGAAAUUCUUUAUAUCCUUGGCACUCAUUUCUACAUUACUGUAUUUAGUAAUGUAUGGUUUCAAAAGCACAAACCCAGAGUACUGUGCAGAAAAGUGGGACUGAGGAAUAGGAGAAUCACCCUUUGAUAGAUGUCAAGUAAAACACACCCAUUUCUUCCUACCCCGAAUUUACGUGUGCCCACUUGAGAAUUGUGUUAUCCUAGAACAAACUAGUGUUGGGGAAGAACAUUCCCUAAUUUUCUCAUCAUGUCAUAUUUGAAUCGUGUAAUGAAAACACAUGAUUAUAGCAGAACUGACUGUAUCAAAAUUUGGGCAGUACAGAAAAUAUUUCUUUUUCCUCUGAUAGUCUGUGUUAAAAUCAGCAGUGGUCCAACACCAAGAAUAAAACAGAAGAAAACCCACAACACUGAUUUCUGAUAUCCUUAGAAUGUAUUUCGACUCCAAACAACCAUGAAAUUAUUCCAGUAGUCUCCAACAACAAAAAUCCACAUCUGCAAACAGCAACAACCCAACUCCAGCACAUUCCAGUAAAAAAAACCUUUUUUUUAAGGAUUUCCAAGUAUAUCCUGAUCCCCAAAUGUCUGAGAUAAACCAGAGAUUUAAAUAAGCAGGAGCCAGAUAAAUGAGGUUGUACUAUUUGGUGAUUGGCACGUCAUCUGUAAACUAUUUUAAGAUUGCUCUGUACUCCGCAGUGAUUUGUUCUACUGCUUGUAGUCAUGGUGGACCCUGCUUGAUUCUUCAGAAUGUAAAGAGGAGCCUUUUGUCCUGUAUUCUGAAAACACAAUAUACAUGCUUCAAUAGAAAGUUUAAUCUGC